AAAAAUUUUAAAAUUGCCAAGAGAUGCAGUUGUGGUGGCGUUCUGGACCGUUGUUUUCUUUCUCAUUUCUUACAUUGCAAAGAGAUGCCUGAAUCAGACAUCUGAUGCAAAUAAUGACGGAGCGACUUUCGCUGUCCGCCGAACAACUCUCGUCCAUGGGAUUGCCAUUUCCGUCGUCGCCGAAUCCAAUUUCUCUCCACUUUCCGACGCAUCGUUCUUUCGCUUGCCCCCUCGUCGAUGCAACGAAACUCUUUUCUGUUUUCUCAAUGCCUUCGCCGAAUGAGAAAUGGGCUCAUUUCCACCGACCAAGACCAACGGCUUCACUGAGAAAUCUCAAAAUCAAGAACAGAAAUAUCAAAGCUCGAUUCAGCUCUUCGAAUAAUUCGAAUUCCACACCACAUGCCUCCAAUGGUGACUCAGAUUCUCCCGCUAAAACGAAACUUAUAGUAGUAAGCUCUCUAAUUGCCGUGUCACUAGCAAUCGCGAAUCGUGUGUUGUACAAGCUUGCUCUCGUUCCAUUGAAGGAAUAUCCAUUCUUCUUAGCUCAAUUGACUACGUUCGGAUAUGUUAUGGUAUAUUUUAGUAUAUUAUAUCUGCGGCGUCGGGCAAACAUUGUUACUGAAGAGAUGUUAUCUCUUCCAAAAUCGCGAUUCAUGGCCAUAGGUUUUCUUGAAGCGCUUGGAAUUGCAACGGGGAUGGCUGCGGCAGCUUCGCUUCCUGGUCCAGCAAUACCUAUACUCAGUCAGACUUUUUUGGUUUGGCAGCUCGUAUUUUCUGCCAUUUUGCUAGGUAGAAAGUACUCAUGGAAUCAAAUUGCGGGCUGUGUUAUUGUAACUGCUGGUUUAGCAGUUGCUGUUGGAAGUGGUUCUGAUGCAGGCCAAAUUCUGUCUGGAGUUGCACCUUUAUGGCCAGUAUUAAUGGUAGUUUCUAGUGCUUGUCAAGCUGCUGCAUCGAUUAUGAAGGAGUUUAUUUUCGUUGAUGCUGCAACCCGUCUCCGGGGGAAGUCACUAGACAUUUUUGUGGUCAAUUCUUUUGGAUCUGGAUUUCAGGCACUUUUUGUACUUCUCUUUCUGCCAUUUCUUUCGAACUUGAAAGGCAUACCUAUAGCCCAACUCCCCUCAUAUCUGAUGCAUGGUGCUGGUUGUUUUCUCAAUGUUGGUGCCAGAAGACCAGGUUGCGAAGGGGCUCCAUUGCUUCCUCUGCUUUACGUGAUCACAAAUUUGUCCUUCAACAUAACUGUGCUCAACGUAGUGAAGAAAUUUUCUGCAGUUGUCGCUUCCCUCGUUGUGAUGCUUUCAGUGCCAGUUUCAAUUUAUAUUCUAUCACUUCCAUUGCCAUUUCUACCUGAAGGCGCAAGCUUAAGCCCCCUCUUUCUCACUGGGAGUUCAAUGCUUGUAUUGGGUCUUGCUUUUUAUUACAUUCCACUGCCUUCAAAGAGAGAGGCCAAAACUGAUUGAUGUUACCACGAAACUGGCUCAGCUUGGCUCGUGGCAUUCGCAUGGUGGCUCGACUCCACUCAUUUUAUAAUUUAGAAAUUGUAAAAAUUAGGCCAGAAUACCAUUUUGCAUAAGAAAAUUUUCACACUGUUAUUUAAUUAUUUUGAUAAAAAAAAAUAUAUCAUGCGACUAAUUUUAAGUUUUAUUGAAAUUA